AUUGAUAGCUAAUAUAUUUAUAUGAUUGAGCCUAAGUCUUUUAGUGAAAUUAGUCUAUCUGCAUGAUGCAAGAUUAGUGGAGAUAAACUAUAAACAUCUGUUUAGAAAUAUAUUGAUACCUGUUUAGACAUAAAUUGAUUUAGCUUAUUAGAUAUUAGAUCUAUAUGUGACUUAUGUCUGCCGGUAUCUUAUCUAGUCACGUAGUCCUAAGGCCAACGCUAAAUAAUAAUGUCUAAUCCAGGAGAUUGUACAGCUGUUAUUAUGGCAGCUGGAGUUGGAUCAAGAAUGACAGAUUUAACAUACCAGUGCCCUAAACCAUUGUUGCCAGUUGGUAGAUUCCCACUCAUCUGGUAUCCGAUCAAAUCUUUAGAAAAGGCUGGAUUUUCUGACAUAAUAAUAGUAACCAGACAAAGUUGGCAUGACCAAAUUCAGAAUGCUUUAUCAGUUGAUGGAUGCAUUGACCGUGUAAGAUUAGAAUACAUAGAAAUACAAGACAGUGAUGAAUGUGGCACUGCAGAUUCACUUCGAAUAAUUGCAGACAGAAUUAAGACCAACGUCCUGGUUGUUACAUGUGAUUUGAUUUCUGAUUGUGAUUUAGCUGAUCUUAUGGCUGUUCAUCGCAAAAAUAACUCUUCGUUCACAGUAAUGCUUUCUCAGCUCCCUACAACAAUAAUUGGUGACACUCCUGUUCCAGGAUUUAAAUCCAAACAGAAAAAUUCUGACGCUGAAAAAAUCUCCAUUGGCUUUGAAUCUUCCAAUCUUGAACAUGUGGUUUUCUGGAAAGCAAGAAUUGAUAUAGAAGAUGAAGAGGAAUCAAUUAGCUUCUCUAAAAAGUUUUUGGACAGAUAUCCAUGCACUAGAAUACAAAGCACCUGGACAGAUUGUCAUGUCUACAUGAUCAACAAAUACAUAGUUCAAUACCUUCAAGAAAAAAAAAACAAGUAUUUCAACUCUCUUCAAAGUGAAUUGUUGCCUUUCGUGGUGAAGAAACAAAUGUCCACAUUUGUCAUGGAUAAACCUUUGGAUGAUAUGGAGAUGAGCAGCCCUGAGAGUCCAGGCAAACAAGAGAAAAAGAAAGAUCUGGUAGACUAUGCAGCUAACACUGACAAUGACUUAAACUUGAUCAAAUAUCUAUCUCUAACUAGCUCUAGUUUUGGCUCAAAUGAAGAUGCACCUCAAAAAAAUCUGAUUGGAUGUUAUGCUUACAGACAGACAAGUGGUUUUUGUGUCAGAGCUAAUACCAUAGCUGCUUAUUUUGAGGCAUGUAAACAGAUGCCAAGGCUUAUUUCCAAGUUUGUUGGUACUAAGAAAACUCAGACACAACCUAACAUACCUGAGUCAACGGAUAUCAAACCCAAAUCGCAGGUAGGUGCAGACUGCAUGCUGGGGGAGUGUGUGACUAUUGGUGAAAAAGUCUCCAUUAAAAAGUCUGUGAUUGGGAAACACUGCAAGAUUGGAGACAAAGUCAAGAUUACUAACUCUGUCAUCCUUGGCCAUGUGAAUAUACAAGAAAGUUGCAACAUAACAAACUGUAUCAUUGCUGAUUCUGCAAACAUUGGAGAUAAAAGUGAACUGACUGGUUGUAUAGUUGGACAGAAUCAAACUAUCUCCACUAUGUCUAAAUAUACCAAUGAAGUGAUAAGUAACUCAUCUCAGAUGAUGGAAGUAACUCUAGAAUGACAAUUAGAAACUCCACAGAAGAGACAAGGAAGUAUUUCAUGGAAGCUUAUACUAUCAUUAUUUGUUGGAGUCUUUAUCAGUUUCUGUUUUGUUUUGUUCCAGAGGGAACAAAAGCUAAAAUAAAUAUGAGAACUUUU